GGUUUUAGAAUACCUAAUGUAGAUCAUGGAAAGGAUAGUGAUAUGUAGAUGCGAUUAGAUAAAACGUGUAGUGUGUAUCUAGGAACAAAUGCCAGUCAGUCUGGUGGGAAUUUCGUGGUUAGAAUUUCAACUUUCCCUUCUGUUUACAUACGUAGAAUUACUCUGCUCUAAGGCGUGUACGAAAUUAGAUGCACUGCAGAAAAGAGAUGAUAAAAUAUAUCGCUGAAGCUUUCUUGUGUGGAAGAUUUCGACCCUACUUUCAAAUUUAUUUUAUUAUAAUUAUUUUUUUUAAUCCAGCAUGACUCUUCGUUUUGUAGAGGAAGGAAAAAGGGGAAAGAGAGAGAGGAGCGAAGUCAUUUAGUGUGAUUCAGAUCGAGAUGAUGUCCGAUAAAGCGUGGCCACUUUAUCUCUUGGAUACCUGUUUAUCGGCGACCUAUCUGAUUACCUUGCCUUCCGCCCUCUCCUCCCCUCCUCCCCCUGGCCGCCCGCCAGAUCGCUCAGUGGCCCUCGGGCGGCUUCGGCGGCGGCUCACACGGCCUUCCUUCAGCGCCCCCAAGUCUUCUCGUCGUCCUACUCCUCGCGGCGCCCUCAGAAUUGUCAAGGUGACCUCCUAGUAACACGAGAGGAGGAGGAGGACGAGUGCCAGUAUGGGAAGUGGCCUGUCAUGGCUGCCCCUUGUCACCGGUUCCCUGCUGCCCCUCACCUUCCUCGCCACGUAUGUCUGGUCGGUAGUUACGGGGCAUGUUGAACCGGACUUCCCCUACAUCAGCGCCACGGGGACCUACCCGCCAGAGAGCUGCUUCUUCGGACAGAUGCUUAACAUUGACGCUGUGCUGUUGGCAGCCCUGGUGUGGGUGAGGCACAAGAUAAUCCUCGACUACUGCGCCAAGAACAUUGCCCCGAAGACGCUUCCGUCCAGGAGCAAAGUGGCUUCCUUCUUCGGGUAUGCAGCUUCCCUUGGGAUCUCUUUGGUUGGGAACUUUCAGGCCACCAAUUUCAUAAGCAUUCACCUUCUUGGCGCCUGGCUGGCCUUCGGGGUGGGAAAUGUAUACAUAUGGAUGCUGGCGGUGAUGUCGUAUAGUCUGGAGCCGCGAGUGAACAGCCGAGCAGUAUCGCAUUUACGUGUCAUCUGCUCCUUCCUUGCCAGCGCCAUGGGCGUGUUAACGGUCGUCUUCAGUUACCUACACGCACGAGACAACAAAGACGUGGCUUACUGGACAGCAGAGCACAGCUGGAUGAGAGAUCGAAACAGCUGGGCCUAUCACGUCGUAGCCACAGCUUCGGAGUGGGUCCUUGCUGGUGCCUUUUACGUUGUCAUGUUGACCCUUGUCCCAGAGUUCAAGCGUGUGUCGGUGCAGGGGAUGGUGGUAGAGCUGGAGAGAGACCGCAGACAAGUAAGAGGAGAUGACAGUCGAAGCACUGGCACGGUCAAUGAGUCCUUCACGGAGACUGUCAGAUUAUGAUAGAUGCUCCAAGCAGUCUAGUCAAACCCCACAAGAGAUAUAGUGUUACAAGGUAAUUUUAAGGAGUGGAUUCUAAGCCAGGUUAAUGAGCAACUGAACAACCGGACACUGAAGGAAGCAGCAAAAUGUACUUAUUCUUUACCAUGAAUGAUCAGGAAUAUAUUCAGUUUGGUUCAACAGUAUAAAAAUGUAUUGCCUAUUAAAAAAAAAAAAAAAAAGAUUACCUCGAGUUAAAAAAAUGUAUUAGUAAUAAUAAAAAACUCUAUUCAGGCUUUUCUUUAUUAAAUUUAUGUAUAAUUAGGUAAUCUGUCUCAAAUAUGGAUGCUGACCUGUGUAUGGAUAAAGCCUUGUUUUUAAAAGCAUCAGGAACAUGUAAACAUUUGAAAAGUAUUCCACACAAAUGCUUGUCUUCCUUAGUAAAAACUCCUUGAACAUUUG